AUGACUUGGGGUCUGAACGUCGCCUCCGGCGUAACCCCGACUCUGAGUGCAGUAAGAAGUAGACUGGCGACUUCCGAGGAAUUCUUCAAGUACAGAGGAGCAGGCCGAAAAUUAGUGCUAGUUGUCCUCCCGUGUCAGUUACAGUAUACAUGCCCUCCCAAGCAACGGCUGUGUUUGAUAAUAGGCUCGAAUGAUAAUUCGAAAGGUCAGGCCAAUAUUCCUGUUCCUGUGGUCGCAUCUUCUUCUUCUCCUUCUUUUACGAAAAGCUUCUGAACAUCCUCGACAAAUGCGACCGCUAGCUCUGACGUCCUAUCUUUGUCCGUAGACUCAAGCUCACCGCAGUCUUCUGACUAGUCUGUGGUGAGGUACCUGAUUAAUUUACCUUUAAAAAUUUAGCCCCAUUUUCUUUGACCGCUUUGCUUGUUUGAAUGUGACGAAAAAAGACACACCUUUACAACCCGCGUUGCUAGCGUGCUCCUCUGUCGUGGUCUGUUGUCAGUUUUCUUAACGUUUAAAAUCUCUAUAUUAUUCAUUGCUCCGUAUUUACUUGCUGCCUUAAGGCUAGGGGUUCGUGAGAUAUAACUCGUUAGUUCGUGAGAACAUUACCACUUACGACAUUGGUGACUCCCGACGUUUACGCAGACUUUAUACCUUUCUGUCCUACUGGAUAACAUUUAACGUACUAUUUGCUUGUGAAUAUCUACUCCAUUUACAUUUACUUUCCUCACGAAUUCUGAUAUUUUGACAUCUCUGUCUUAUUAUAUCUCGCUCCGAUCAACAACUUGAUGCCCCCGCCCAGUCGCUUCAUGCAAUCAAUUUUACCUUGCCUGAAUUCUGGCAACACGCUCCAGAACUUUACUUCAUCCGCAUAGAAUCAGCCUUUUAUUUUGCCAACGUUACCAAGGAGCUUGCAAAAUACCACAAACUCGUGGAGGUCCUCCACGCUAGUGUCAUUUCUCAAGUUCAGUCCUUGCUAUCUAAUCCUUCUGCAGAUGCUCCCUACUCCGCGUUAAAGGUAGAAAUCCUCCGACUUAAUUCUGUGUCUGACCGACAGAGGUAUCACCAGUUAAUUAAGGAGGAGUCACUGGGUGACCGGAAGCCCUCAGAGCUUCUACGCCGGAUGCGUUCUCUCCUUGGAGACAUGCAAGUUAAUGAUAAAUUUGUCAAGGAGAUGUUCCUAGAGCGUCUGCCCGCAGAUGUUCAAACGAUUCUGGCAUCUGGUUAUCAGGAUCUUACGGUAUCACAGCUGGCGGAGAUGGCGAAUCGAACGAUAGAAGUGCAACGGUUCCAGUCACCUUCCGUUGCCCCGAUCUCCUCAUCUUCAUCGUCAGUGAAUGAAAAUCUAGUAAAACAGGUGUCGGCCAUGGCGGAUGAGAUGGCCUCCCUUAAAAUACAGCUUGCCCGCCUAACUUCCAGUCGCUAACGCAGUAGUCGUCGUUCUCGUUCGCGACCUCGGACUGCUGAUACUUGCUGGUACCACACUAAUUUCGGCGUAAAGGCCCGUCGCUGUUCUUCACCUAGUUCUUUUAAGCCAAAACAGGGAAACCAGUCAGCCAGAGAAUAGAUGCGACCGUUUUCUCCCUCUCUUUCGGCUCUGGUCAGACCUUCUGGUUUGCGACACUGCAACUCGCAGACGUUUUCUGGUGGACACUGGAGCUCAAAUCAGUGUUGUUCCUCCAACUGCAGCUGAUCGUUGUUUCACUAGCCCUGGUCUUCAUCUUCAAGCUGCUAACUAUUCCCUAAUUCCCACUUUUGGCAGUCUGUCCCUCACCCUGAACAUUGGCCUUCGUCGGUCAUUAACUUGGAUCUUUGUGAUUGCUGAUGUCCCUCAUGCAAUCCUCGGCUCGGACUUUCUUGCCGAGUUUGAUCUCCUUGUUGACUGUCGACGUGCCCGUCUUCUCGACCGCACAACCGGUCUGUUUGUUCGUGGACUAACUCCCUUUACAACCCCCACAAACUUAUCUGUUUUGGAUACGGAUAUUGCUAGUCCUUUUCGGCAACUGCUUCUUAGUCACCCCAACAUAAUUAACCCCCAGUUUCGCAGUGGUGAGUUUCAACAUGAUGCUGUGCACCAUAUCCGCACCUCAGGUCCUCCCGUGUUUGCUCGACCGAGACAAAUAGCACCGGAGCGUUUUCAAGCCGCGAAGGCGGAGUUUGAACACAUGCUGCAACUGGGAAUAAUUCGACCGCCCGAGAGCCCUUGGGCGUCCCCACUGCACAUUGUGCCCAAGGUGACAUCAGGCGACUGGCGACCCUGUGGCGACUAUCGUGCCCUCAACAGAGCUACCAUUCCUAAUCGGUAACCCGUGCCUCAUCUUCAGGACUUUGCUGUAGCCCUUUUCGACAAAGCGGUUAUCUCGAAGAUUCAUCUGGUGCGUGCCUUUCAUCAGAUUCCAUUCGCCCCUGAGGACAUCCCUAAAACCGCCGUCACCAAUCCCUUCGGUCUCUUUGAUUUAGUACGCAUGCCGUUUGGUCUUCGUUAUGCCGCCCAAACGUUCCAGAGGUUCAUUGACCAUGUCCUACGUGACCUACCCUUUGUGUACGCCUACAUUGAUGACCUCUUGGUGGUCAGCCGGAAUAAAAAAGAACACAAAGAACAGCUUGCCUUGGUGUUUGACCGUCUUGACAAGUUUGGUGUUGUCAUCAACCCCUCCAAGUGCGUGUUGGGUGUGCCUUCGCUCGAGUUCCUUGGUCAUCAGGUUGACUCUGAAGGUUUGCGUCCCCUCCCUUCCAAGGUUGAAGCAAUUCGUAAUAUUCCUCCUCCAACUUCCAAUAGUCAGUUACAGCGAUUCCUCGGCAUGGUCAAUUUUUACCGUCGGUUCCUACCGAACUGUGCUGACCUCAUACUGCCGCCCACCAACAUGCUUUCUGGUCCCAAAGGUCCCCUCGAGCUGACUGGUGAAGCACUGACUGCUUUUGAGAGAAUCAAGAAUUCGCUUGCCGAUGCCACCUUACUUACGCAUCCCGCUCCCGAAGCUCAGCUGUCCCUGAUGGUAGAUGCUUCGAACGUAGCCGUAGGUGUAGUCCUUCAACAACACCUUGCUGGUUCGACUUAA